UACUACAGUGGGCCGGCUGUGCAUGGCACAGCCGGAGGCUGCUAGUAAUAAUAAAUAAAAACUCAGCUCUAAGUUUCUCUUGCAAUAAAAGAAUAUUUUUUUCAACAUAAAUGCAUGAUUUUUACAAAUUCAUCAAAAUCUAUCUUCCCAUCACCAUUUUGGUCAAAUGCCCCAAUCAUCCUACUGCAACUCUCCAUCUCUAAUCCUUCCUCUAAUCCCAGAGCACACAGAACCUUUUGCAACUCAGUUGCAUUGAUAAAACCAUCUUUAUUACUAUCAAACACAUCAAAAGCUUGCUUAACCUCAUCCAUGUUGGGAUCUUUUUCUUCGAACAGGGUAGAAAGGUCAUUUGCACCCAAGACUGCUGGAAAUCUUCCUUCAUCAGAAUCGAACGACAAUUCUAAGCUGCUUAAAAUGACAUCGAUAUCUCCUUUGCUCAAAAUUUUUUCAGCUCUAUUUGCCUCCCUGACGGAUAGUGUGAAAUCCGUGCUGUUGAUCUUAGAAUCAUCAGCUGUCAUCAGUUGAGAUUGGGCGGAGGACUGAAAUCCUAGGAAGUUGUAAAUUUUUUUCGUGUCGAUUACGAAGUUUAGCAAGAUGAACUCUACUAGUCCUAAUAUCAGAAUGGCCAUCUGAAUGUUGUUCAGAGAGAAGUUUUCGAUUGGAAAUUGGUAAGCGUAGUUGGGCGACAUGGUUGCUUACGACAAGAAAAGUUGGGAAAAAUAAGGGGAGAAAAAUGAGAAGGAAGUUCUUGCUUGCAUGCAAAGGAAAGAUGAGAGGAAAUUUCCUGGGUGGUGCAGAUAUGAGAGUUUUGGAAAUUUCCUGUAUGGUGGAGAAGGCUGGAUCUGAUUCCCUCUUUUUUCACGUUAGUAUAAAAUACGAAGGUCAGGUGGCUCGGGUCGCGUCUGGCGCUGGUCAGGACGCACAGGUGCUGGUGCAGACGCGGACAGGCACUGAUGGCUCGGGCGCGUGCCGGAGCAGCACUCCUAUGCCUUGGCGGACUGGGCUCGUGCACGUCUGGGAACACGCGGUCGUGCAACACUGGUCUCCUGGUCGCGCAAGGAUUGCCGGGCGCAUGCAAUCUCUCGCGCUGGGUGCGAGACACGAAGAUCGUGGGUCGGUGAUGGUGCACGGGACGGGGACGACGUGCACGGCGGGUCGUCGCUGGGAGCAUGCGCGGCGACUGUCGAUGCGCGGCUGCUGGCACUGGCUCGCGACCGCGCUCGUAGGUUGCUGGUGGCUUCCGGCGACUUCGUUCGGCGGCGGUGACUGA